AUGACCAACAAGGACGUGCCCCCUCCCCCCUCCACCGCAACCUCUCGCCUCUCCCAAAUAACCUCCCAUAUCUCCCCCUCAUCAUCCUCCACCACCCCCUCUCCUCCCGCCGACUGGUCCGAUGUUCUCUCGGAGCUCGCACACGUCCGCACACUCGCCCAAACCCCCCAGGCCGACACCACCGGCUACCAACGCCAUAAGCAAGCCGGCAAACUCUGGGUGCGCGAGCGGAUCGAGUUGCUGGUCGACCGCGGCUCGUUCCGCGAGGUGGGCAGCGCGGCGGGGAGCGCGACAUGGCGGAAGAAGUGGAGCGGGGAGGAGGUGACGGAGAAGGGGUUAGGGGUGGUGGAGGGGGAGAAGGAGGUGGUGGAUGGGUUUACGGCGAGUAACAACGUGCAGGGGUUUGGGAAGGUGGGGGGCAGGAAGGUGUUGUUGACGGCGGAUGACUUCACGUUGCGGGCGGGACAUGCGGACGGGGCGCUGAUGCCGAAGACGUUGUAUAUGGAGAAGCUGUGCCUACAUUUGAAGCUGCCGAUGGUGAAGUUGGUGGAUGGGGCGAGCGGGGGCGGGUCAAUCACGACGUAUCGCCAGUUUCAGGGGACGUACCUGCCGGACUUGGAGCUGCUGAAGUGGGUGGUGAAGGAGCUGGAUCAGGGGAUCCCGCAGGUGGCGGCGGUGGUGGGGCCCGCGGUGGGGCUGGGCGCGGCGCGCGCGGCGGUGUCACAUUUCUCGGUCAUCGCGGCGGAUAUCGGGAGCUUGUUCAACGCCGGGCCGAAAAUCGUGGAGGGCGCGACGUUCGAGGAGGAUCUGAGCUUCGCGGAUCUCGGGGGUCCGGGCAUCCAUUGCGCGAACGGGGUGAUCGACAACGUCGCGCCGGAUGAGAAGGGAUGUUAUGAGCAGAUCGCGCGGUUUCUUUCGUACGUUCCAAACCAUGGGGGCGUGCUGCCGCCGGUGAUCAAGAACGACGAUGCGCCGAAUCGACAUUGUCCCGAGCUCCGAACGGCGAUUCCGCGUCGGGCGCAACGGAUGUACGAGGUGCGGAAUAUCAUCAAGGAGGCUGUUGACCGCGAUACGUUCUUCGAAAUCGGACCACAUUGGGGGAAGACAAUCGUGGUCGGCCUGGCGCGCAUGGCGGGAAGGACGGUGGGGAUCUUCGCCAACGAUGCGAUGAACAAUGCGGGGGCGUUGGACUCGGCGGGGUCGCAGAAGUAUGACAAGCAUAUCCGGCUCUGCGACUGCAUGGGGAUUCCGAUCGUGCAGUUCAUCGACAUCCCGGGGUUUGCCAUUGGCACUGUCGCUGAGAAGGGCGGCGUGAUGAAGUGGGGUCUGGAAAUGUACAAGACUCUGUUCGGCUCGACCAUACCUAUCUUCUCGGUGGUCAUCCGGAGAUGCUAUGGCAUUGGAGGCUCGAUCUUGGCAGACUGUAGAGAUCCGAACUGUCGAGUUGCUUGGCCGAGUGGGAAUUGGGGAUCUAUCCCGCUCGAUGGAGGAAUUGAAGUCAACCAUCGAGCAGAACUCAAGCGAGCAGGCGACAAGAAACCGGAGGUAUAUGCACAUCUCGAAGCGGAGUACAUGAAUCUACAAAACCCGGUCCGGACGGCCAACCGAUUCAGCAUUGAGGAGAUCAUCGAUCCUGCAGAUACAAGAUCGGUUGUAUGCGCCUGGACGAAGCAUAUGUACGAGCACAAUUUGGUGACGAGGCUAGAGCAGAGGGCUGCGGGAUUCAUUAAACCAUCUUUUAGAUAA